GACCGGGGCUCAAGCCAAACACACCCACAAACUCCGAACCUGAAGCCGCCGUCAAAGCGCACUGCGAGCGACCAAACCCCAGGCACCCGGAGACCCAAAUCUAGCGCCGCAGAUGGCAGUCCCCGGCGGCCGCAACGGCCUCGUUGAUGACGACGACGGCGACCACGCCGAGGCCUUCGCCGCCCUCUCCGAGGACGAGGAGGCGCCACUGCCUCCCCACCUCCGGGCCCUCGCCGACGCUGCCCAGACCGGCAACGCCGACGCCCUCCUCGCCGCGCUUGGUAAUUAUGGUGGCAGCAUUGAUGCUCCGGUUGAAGAUGGUGAUACUCUGCUUCACCUAGCAUGCUUAUAUGGCCAUCUACCUUGCGUGCAGCUACUACUGGAACGUGGAGCAAGCUUGGAGUGUAAAGAUGAAGAAGGAGCAAUUCCUCUUCAUGACGCUUGUGCUGGAGGAUUCACUGAUAUAGUCCAAUAUAUUCUCAAUUUUGCUGCAAACACUAAUGGUUGUGCAAAGCGAAUGCUCGACACUGUUGAUGCUGAAGGCGAUACUCCACUCCACCAUGCUGCUCGAGGGGAACAUUUGGAUGUUGUCAAGCUUUUGCUCGAGGCCGGUGCAUGUCCCAAGAAGGAGAAUUCUUAUGGACAGACACCAGCCGAGAUGGCUGAUCAAGAGACCGAUGUCAGGACCCUGUUAACUGCCAAGCAGGUUGAGGCCAGCGUACAGACGUCGAAUUGAUGGGCCUGUGGGAAUCCUUAGUUGAAAUUGGUAAACUGACAGGUUGAAUUCACUAUCGCAAUACACAGCUAUGAGAAUUGUUUCUUCUAUCAUCAGAACUAUGGAGUUUUGUGCAGUGAGAAAGACAUGAUGUUUCUCAGCUUCUCCCUUCAACAUUUUUGUUGUUGGUAUUUUCACAUUAUAGGAAAGGUAAAAUUGGGCACGUGCCGUACUUUGCCUGCAUGAUCACACGCAGUGCUUGAUGCCUUGCAACUUGCAAGAUUACACGUA